GAGCUCUCUGCAUAAAUGCUCUUGCACUUUCACAGAUGGAAUUUGUUGAAGACAUUUCCUUGAGAAAACUUUUAAAUUAGCAGCUCUCCUGCUCACUGCCAUGACCACUGCACUGGAAGAGGCCAUGGACACCCUGAUCAGGAUUUUCCAUCACUACGCUGGCAAAGAGGGAGACAGAUACAAGCUCAGUAAAGGAGAGCUCAAGGAGCUUCUCACCAGUGAGCUCACUGACUUCCUUUCAGGCCAAAAGGACCCCCUCCUGGUCGAUAAAAUUAUGAAUGACCUGGACUCCAAUAAGGACAAUGAAGUGGACUUUAAUGAAUUUGUCAUUCUGGUUGCUGCUUUGACUGUGGCAUGUAACGAUUUCUUUGAAGAACGGCUAAAGGAAGAGGAAUUUUAAAAAUCCUCAAUGUAAUCAAUCUCCUGGCCACAAAUGCAAGCAAAGCAUGCCUAGUUAGGUAGCCCUCAUUGGUGUUUAGUGAACGCAAACCAUCAUUCCUCCAACUGUUACUGCUCUAAGACAUUUAUGGAGCUAAUCAGCAGCUGGUGCAAGCUGGACCACAGCCAGCUUACACUACGUGAGAUGUGGCUUUUAAUAUUUCCAGUCUUUGCACUCCAUUCAUCUGUAACAUGCCUUCGUCAGUUGCCCAGGUCAAGGGCUUGGGGUGACAGGUCACUUGGCACAAGUUGAGGCUUCUAUUUCUUCAAUGUCAGUGGAAAGUAAAAGGCACAGGAAUGUUACUUGUGUACUUUCUGAAUGGAAAAAAUUUGGAAUGAGACGCAGCACUUGCAAUUUCGUUUUCAGACACUUUAUAAUAAUCUUAUUUUGCAGCUCAAAACCAGCAGAUUCUUUUUAGCUCAGCUCUGCUUAUUCUAAAACUUUUUUUAGCUGCUGCUCUCCACACUCAUAUUUCAGAUGUGGUCACAGCCGUCUCUUGCUGCUGGAGCAAACAAUGCCUCUUGCCAUUGUUAUGGGUUCAUUCCCUUCAUGUCUCCAGCUUCAGUUUUGUUCUGUUGGCAUUGCUGCAUCCCGGGAGUCAACCUCUUCACUUGGCAUAAAUGAAUUUAUCCGUAUCAUAAAUUAUUCAAACACAUUGAAGAUUUUGUCAGCAAAUUUCUUGGAGGGCUGAUGGAAGGACAGGGUCUUUGGGGGAAAUGCGUUAAUGCCUACUGCUUUCACUACUCCGGCAUGGUUAAAAGGAGGCCUUUCAGGACCACUUGUGGAGGAUUUAAUGAUGAAAUUCCAGGAUAAAACUUUGUAAUGUGAGUCAUCUUUCGGAGAAGCUUACACUGAUCACCCUGAAUGGAAUCAGGGGACCCCCACAGCCCGGCAAAGAGAGAGUAGGCCAACCCCUUCCAGUGUUAGCUUGCUCUUGGGUUAAGAGUAUUUACACACUCCUGUUUGAACUGAGCAGCCUUCUGACACUCUCUAAGUCCUCAGUGGCAGGAUACUGUGGCUUUUUUUCCUUCAUGGAGAGCUCUCUUAUUUCCCCAUUAUUUUGCUGUUGACUUCAAACGACAAUAAAGGGCAUC